AUGAUCAGCACCAAGAACCUCCUCGUCGGCGGCUUCGCAGCCUCCUGCUCGGCGAUUAAUCCUGCGGCAGUGUACGACGGAGGCUUCAGCAAUGCCGCCUCCAAGGUUGAGCUGCGCAUCGGCAAUGGGGGUGCCGGACAAAGCGGUCUCAUCAAGGGCCCUUCUCUCCUUGACCGCAUGAGCCUAACUCUCCCUCUCACCCCCCUACCAGCCUUGUCGGACGCCUUCAUCAAAGACACCGUCGCCAACGGCUCCCCCCCGUUCAGAGUAGCCUGGUACACCAGCGACACCACCUACUCCAUCAAGUACCUCUCCACGGGCGACGUCGACGUCGGCAUCACCUACACGCCGUCCGCGGAAGACAUCGCCAUCCGCCAAGGCAUCGCCCUGUCCCCCAGCUACUACGCCUUCCGGGACCACUUCCUCCUCGUCGGGCCCAGGUCCAACCCCGCCAACCUCCUCGCGUCCGACGACGUCCAGACCAUGUUCUCCAAGAUAUUCGACGUGGCCGAGAACAACAAGACGGACCCGCCGGUGCGCUUCCUCAGCAGGUACGACAAGUCCGCCACAAACAUCAAGGAGAAUCUGCUGUGGGCCAGCAUCGGGCAGGUUCCAUGGGCAACCGCCUACUCAGCCUGGUACCACCAAUACAUCGCCUUCCCCUUGCAGGCCCUCACUGCGGCCAUCCUGCUGCAGGAGUACACCAUCACCGACCGCGGGACUAUCCUGUCGCUGGAUGCCAGACUUCGCAACGAAACAGUCAUUUACAAAGCCGGCACCGAUGGCGCCGACGACCCCCUGUUGAAUCCUGCACACUUGUUGAUCGGCACCAAGGCGUCGAACCCAGACAUGGCCCAGGCUUUUGCCAGGUGGCUGGUCAGCAGCAAGGGACAGAGCGUCGUCAGAAACUUUCAGAAGGGCGGCCAGACGCUGUACAGCGUUGCGCCCUCGUCCAAUUCGACUGCCUAG